CAUUGCAUUUGUAGUUUGUACUUGCUGGUUUACUGCCCACUAAGCCUAACCCAUUAACCAAAAACAAAGAAAAAAGCCCAACUGUUCCAACUCCUAACUACUAGUACGAACAAUUUACUCAGAUAUUUUUUUUUUGGUUUCUUUUGCUGUAGCAAACCCAGUUUUCCUCUUUCUUCCACUUUCUCUCCCAAUUUUCCCGAGAAAACCCCCCCCCCCCCUCCGGAGCUUCCACCAGUCCCAAUCCAUCCUACCCCUCACCUCAAGGUAAGCCCUUUUCUUCAUUUUGCUACUCAAUUCUCUUUAUUUUCUUUCUUCAUCUGGGUGCUCUUCUUAAAUGCCACACAAUUCCCUAUGCUGUGAUAAUAGUACUAGGAGUAGGAAUCUAAUUUUGGGAAAAUUUACUAGCACUCAACUAUUGGUACCCAAAUGAUGACUCCUCCGAGAAGAAAGAAAUGGACUGAGGCAGAAGAGAAAACCCUAAUCCUAAAGUAUGGCGAGAUGGUCUCCGAGGGGACCCUCUCCAAGAUGAAAACCCGUGAGAAGAAGUUCAAACCCAUUGCUUGUUAUGUCAAUUCGGUGCACCAUGCUCGCGAUCCAAUCACCUUCCCUUGGCAAUGGACUUGGAAGGACGUGUCCACCAAGGUCCAGAACAUGAGGCACCAGUACUUGCUUGUCAAGCAAAAGAUCAAGAAGCCCGACUUGGAGAAUUCGGGCGGCGAGGAGUGUAAUAAUAGGGAGGAGUUUGACUGGGUAGAGGGGCUUACGCAUUGGUCAAAUUUUUUGAGGUAUAAAGAGGUUUUUGGGGAUGUGGCGGUUGCGAAUGGCAAUAAUAAUGAUUUGGUGGCGGUUAUGAGUGGUGAGAAUGGUGGAGGGUUCGUGGGGAGGGGGAUGGAUAUGAGGUUUGGGGAAAUGGGUCAUGAUGGGAAUGGGGAUUUUGCGGUGGCGGGGAUUAAUGGGGUUGAGGAUGGGGUUAUGGCUUUGGGGUUUGAGUAUGAUGGGGAGGAAGUCGAGGAGAAUUUUUAUGGGAAUGAUCGCAUGAGGGAGGGGAGGGAUGCUGGUUUUUCUUAUGGAGUGGAAAUGAAUGGGUCUAAUUCGAAGAAGAAGAGGAAGGUGUUGAAGGGGUUGGAGAAGAAGGCAUGGGGGUUUCUUGCAAACCAGUUGGGGCAGUUGAGGGAAUUUGAGGCUCGGUUCGAGCAGCACGAGGUGGAGAGAGAGCAGGAGAGGCAGAGGAGAGAGGACGUUCGGGUGGAGAUUGAGAAAGAAUGGGAAUGGAAAUGGGAAGAGAGGGAAAAGGAGAGGGAGGAGCAGGAGAAGGCUAGGGAGAAUUUGAGGAAGCAGAGGAUUCAAGAAUGGGAAGCUAUGGAGAGGGAGAGCGAGGAGAGGGAGAGAAGAAGAAGAGAGGAAGAGUUGAUUCAUGAGAGAGAGUGGCAUGAUAGGAUGAAUAGGAGAAGGUCCGAAUGGAAGAAGAGGAUUGAUGAGGUGCUGAGUCAGCACCGGGCAGAAAUGGGCCAGAUUCAGACCCAAAUUCUUCAUGAGCAACAGAACCUUACUAGCCAGUUGCUUGGGAUUGUCUCUCAAUGGACUGCUCACCCAGCUGGGCUUUCUGAUCAUAAUAGUGCUAGCAACCAUUAUCUUUCACAAAUGAUGCAGAAUUUGCACCAUGUGAAUGGUAUGGUUCAUGGAGAUACUAAGGUUGAUGGAGAUAAUCAAGAUGACCAAUUCAUUGUUGAUGCUUAAGGUGGUGUUCCAAAAAAUAUUUUCUGCUUGCUAGGCUGAAGUUAUGAGAGGUUUUGCCAGAGUGAUUAUGGUGAUGGAAAGCAGUGUAAAGGCCAGGCUGAACCAGGCACCACUUGGAAUGGACGGCACAGCCCACCUGCAUCAUUUGAUGAAAGUGACUCAAUUGAACUGGUGAGGCGUGUGCGUGCAGGCGGAUCCUUAGUACUCUAUUAACACCCGACUCUAUAAGGGAGGGGGUGAUACUCUGCUGGAAACAGUUGAUUUUGACUCAUUAUGGUGUGCAGUUGUGUGUUGUAGCAGCUCUAGAAGAAUUUUUUUUUUUUAUGCUACAUAUUUAUGAAGACAGAAGUCUGCUGGACACAGUUCCAAAUAUGAUGUUGAACUCAUUAUGAUGUGGAGUUGGGAAUGUAGCAGUGGCUGCCGAAGAAUUUUCAUAUUCAGCAAAGACUGAUCAAAAGAUUUAUGCUGGAUACACUUUCAAAAAAAGAGCACUUUCUACAGGAGAAUAAUUUGAUUAAAUCCCUGUGCCAUCUACUCUUUCCGACCCCCGGUUUGUCAAUCAGAGGGCAUUUGGAUCUAUUGGGUUACAGUACAUCCCUGGGAAGGCAGGAGGUGGUGUCUUCACUAUGAUGUGAACAGGCGAACUUUGAUCCUUUUUGCACGGUGGCAGACUUAUGAACUGAAUUGGCAAAUAUGCUGCGCAUUGAGUUUUCAGAGAAAAGUCAUAAAUUUGUUCAAGAUUUUGGUAGCUAUGUCUCAUACCACCUAGUGUUCCAGUGAUGUCUCGAUUUUGCUUUUUUUUUUUUCUUCCCUGAGUUUAAUGUAUUAGUGAUGUCACUCCGGUUAUUAGUCUCCUCAAGUCCUUUUAGUGUAAAAUAGGAAGAAGAAAAAAACACUCGGAUUCUAUCUGAUUGAAUUGUGUUAACCAUCUGGCUUUGCCUUCGAACUCUGUUGUUACCGAUUCAAUCACUUGAUCAUCUCCUACACUAAAUUUGUUUGAGAAUCUGUACCCAUUUGAUU